CUCGCUUCUCGUUGUUGAACAAGACCUGUGUGCCGUGUGCUACGUCAUUGCGCCAAUCAGCAAAGUGCAGCAUUCAUCCUUACAGCCAACCAGCCACCUCCAGACACGCCUCAGGUCGUUCAAACGUGUCCAUGAUCGACGACAAGGUACUCGUAGAAACAAGAAUCCUACGCGAUUCGUAACACCUAUUUGCAUCGCACGUAGUUGCAGCGUCAUUUCCCUUCACAUAAAGCUGCGCCUACCUUCGCCGUUUGCGAAUACAUAACAACAGCGCUAGCACUUUCACCACGCAACACUUACAUUAGCACGCAGCCCGCGACUGAUUCACUUGACAUCUCAGCUCAAAACUGCAGUCAACCUGCUCUAAUCUACCUACGGUUCACUACCACAAUGACUUCCAUCGUCAAGUCACUCUCCGACGUCUUUACCUCCUUGGUGGAGCUGGUCUGGUCAUUCUUUACCACAGCCGGUGAACUCGUCCAGACGACGGCCUCUUUCGCGCUCAAAUUCGUCUCCGAGAUCUUCGAGCUGUUGAUGAACUUUUUCCGGGGACUUUUCGACCUUGCUGGAGGUAUCGUUGGCUUCGUGCUCGGCAACGUCCUCAUGCUCGGUGUUCUCGCUGUCGCCAUCUUUGGCUUCCUUCAGUACCAGCGCAACCAGGGCAAGACUGUCAAGGUCGGCAACAAGAAGCUCAACUAGCGGUGACGCGAUGGAUUGGCGCAUUACCCCUUGAGCAGAUUGUGCGAUACAGAUAUUCUUACUUGCACUCGGCUGAAUUUGUAUGAUACCCUUUCUAUGUCUGACAAUAGAUAUCAGCGCAUCAGCGAUCCCGACGCUAUGCCAAUAUCAAACCUC